CAAUUUUAAUGUCCGUUUUAUCCUGAACCGAUGUAUUUGUCUCCAAUUGUGUUAAAUAAAUUGACUUCAGGGAUAGUUUAGAACAGUGUCUCGCAAACUUUUUUAGUCUGCGGCACGCUAACUGAGGAAUUUUUUUUCCGCGGCACACUAAGCUAAAUAAAUUUUCGGAAGAAAAUGUAUAUUUAAAAAUAAUUUAAAAAAUUUGUUUUACAAAUAGGUACAUUAAUUAAUAUUUGGUACAGUAGAAAGGAAGAUAUUUUUAUUUUAAGCUUAAUGUGAUGGAUGGGCUUGUUUCUGGGAACAAAUUUGCAUUAUUCGUACCCCCUCGCUUGUGCAUCUUGUUGUUACGACAAAGUUUGGGAGGGCAAAUACGAGUACUUGCGUUCUGGCUAAUUUAGUUAAAGUUAAAUGACUAUUUUUUGGGUAAUUUUAUAGUUAUCAGAAAUUGGUUUUUAGAUUAAUCUCAGAAUAUCUAGUGCAACUUGGAAAAUCUUUUGCGGCACACUUAACAUUCUCCCGCGGGUGUGCCGUGGUCUCCCGUCCCGCUGGUGUGCCGCGGCACACAGUUUGCGAGACACUGGUUUAGAAUAUCGGAUUAUUGUUAAGUAAUAUGGUAGUUAGUUUAUAGUAGAUUAUGACAUGAGGACGAUAGGUGGAGGAUUGUGAAGUUUGCAGCGCUCGGUGUGACAAGUGUACGUCUCGCCUCGGAUAAAUAAUAAUCGGUUUCACAGUUAUAGAUUGAAUUUUCAGUUGAAAUUUGUGUGAUCUUCAACUCUUGUGAUACCUAAAUUUCAAAUUAAAAUAUGCAGCCAUUUUUUCCUCUAAAAAUCUUACAAAAAUUACGCUUUUUAACACACACAAUACUCGAUUUUGUAAUUAGAAAUAUUGGAUCAUGGACAGGGAUUAGCUAAAUAAUACCAAAACGACUUGACUAUGAACUUGAAUUCUUUCUUUAUCGCACGCAGAGGUUAUAUGUUGUGCUCGUAAAGUAAUUUCACUCAAAAGAAUAUAAGACUAAAUUCACUUUCCCUUUUUUUACAAUACACAAUUAAUGCAAUUGUCUAUAAAUUCUCACUGAUGGGUUUAAUCACUGUGCACACAAUAUAUAGAACUCACUUUUAUUUUUAUUACUUUUCAAACGGUGACUGUCUUGUUUACACAAAAUUGGAUUUUGUUUUUCACAAGUAUAAGUGGCUCAAGAACUUAGAAAUUGCCACUAAUGUUGUCGGAAGAAUCCUGAAGUUCUAACUGACUCCCUUUUGUCGACCUGCACGUCUUCAUAGUAGAACAAAGGCAGCUGCAAGGGGUUAUGUCGUUAAAUGACUAGAAGGAAAUUGAAGAGAAAUAUUUUAUUACUCACUGAAUUUGUCGCGAUAGUUUUUAUGAUUCGUUUGGGAUGAGAAGCCGAUUUGGUCAUCAUAAAUUCCAACUGGAAAUUAUACAAGUUGACACCACCUAAAAUUUUGAGAAAAAUCUACACAUCUGGUCUUGGGGAAUGCCCUAUGGCACCCGGUUGGGGAAUGUUGGGGAAAUAUUUUUUCUUCGCUAUUGAAAUUUUAUACGAGGAGUGGGAGUUAGCGAGGCUCUUUCUAAGUUCUUGAAUAUGGAAUGACGACGACAUAAAAAUAAUUGUUCUUUUUCUCUUAAUUAUUUCGUUUCGUCUAUCGAGGGAAGGAAUGAAACAGGAUAUCUUGCUCCUAUGAUAUCUCCCCAGCGACUGACGCUUAGUGACCAAUGUUUUCACACUCCGGACCCAUUUGACAAAAGGCCCUUGUUCACUCACUUCUUUGUUCUCCUUCUCUGUUUCUGUUUAUUAACUUUUAUUGAUUGAAAUUAACUACUAUUGAACUAUUAUGAUGAGUAAAACUAUUCUAAACAUUCCGUUCCUGUUAUGUUAAAAACAAUAAAUUACGGAAAUGGACUAAACAGAGCGGUUAAUAGGCAGACGAUUAAUUAUUGUCCGCACAUACCACGCACUCUCAAUAGACAAAUUGAGGACUGUUCUGUUUAUUAAAAUUAUUCUAAAUAUUUUGGUACUGCUCUAAGAAAAACUAUAAAAUACUGAUAUCAACUAAACACAUCUAUGGACAGACUAUUAAUUUUUGUCCGCACAUACCAUGCACUCUUAAUAAGAGAUAACAUUAAAAAAAUUAGAUUACUGCUCUUCAUUCCAUAAAUCAACCGCCUCAGCGUACGCAAUGCUCUCUGCAGUGACAACUGUCAUGGUGACCGGUGCGAGUUUCUGUACAGACGCUCCGAGAGGAAUCCUCCCGUACAAAGCCUGGUACCCCUACAGCACGCUGACACCUCUAGGAUUCUGGAGUGCAUAUCUGCAUCAAAUUAUCGCUCACGCUUACGGCGCCUCCACCAACGCAGCCUGCGACACUCUGGUGUACGGAAUGAUAAUGCAGCUCUGCUCGCAAUUCGCCAUUCUCCGGCACCGCUUCCAGCUUCUACCGAAGUUGCGUGGGACCAUUGAAAAAAAUAUUGAACAACGGGAGAAAAAUCAAUUGGCAAAUUUUGCAGAGCAAUGCAAUCGAAUCUUUGACUCCCUAAUCUGCUUACAAUUUCUGAUAAGUUCAACGGUACUUUGUGUCAGCGUCUACCGACUAGUGCAGAUCGACCUGAUCAGCCCCGAUUUUCCCAUCGUCGUCAUGUACUUGCUGUGUAUGCUAUCACAAAUAUUCAUCCUCUGUGUUUCUGGGAGUCACGUAAUGGUGGAAAGUCACAAGAUGGUGCACCAAAUAUACUGCAUGGAGUGGACUUCACUAACCCUCACCAGCAAGAAGAGCCUGAUUUUUAUUAUUGGCAACUGCCUGCGGCCUGUCAGCAUCACUUGUGGCACUAUUCUUCCUCUGUCUAUUAAUUCCUUCAAUCAGUUGAUUAAAUUUUCAUACUCGAUCUUCAAUGUUUUACAACGAUCGUCUGGAGUGAGUCGUUGACACGCAGGAGAAAAAUGCUUUCGGAAAUAUUUUCCUGGUCAUAAUUUCUCGGACGAAAUUUUCCUGGCGUAAAUUUUCUCACACCAAAAUUUCUUGUACACGGAAAGAAAUUUAAAGGAAAAACUACUAUGGCAGCAUUGCAGGGGCGGAUCAUAUUUGGAUUUACAAACGUCUCAAUGGUGUCUCCCCUCACUUUUAUUGGAAUUUUUUCAAAUUUUUUUUUUCAUGGUAAAUUUUAAUUUUGUAGCUUCUAGAAAAUCGUUUGCAAAAAUUUCUAUGAAUGGCCCAAAUUAGUACCAGAAUAUCAUUAAAGGCCAUUAAAGUAAAGGACAUACUCGAUUCGUUUACAGAACUUUCACGCAAUUUUUCCUGAAAAUUCCGGAAUUUUUAUCUGAAGGUCAGUGAAAAAUUAUGAUAACAUCACGAUAAUGUUUUCUGAAUUAUCGUAAUGUUACGAUAAUCUCCCAGUUGAUUCGGUCGAUUGAGUAAUCGUUGAGUGGAAUGUGAGUUGCGUCAUUUUUACAGAAUAGUUCGGUCUGGAUAUAUUUUUCAGUUUCCAUUUAUUUUUAUUUUUAACAUAACGUAACGUUACAAGAUGUCCCCAUUGGGCCCAUUCCCCGAAGCCCUUCAACCAGUGAUCUGUACACAAUUACUUAUCAUAUACAUGUUGUCCUUACUAAACCUAAAUUCAAUAACAUAUUUUUCCUUCAGUGUAAAUCCCCAAAUUUACUUUCUAUCAAUUAAUUUUGCAAAUUAAUCAAUUCUAUCAAUUAAUAAAUAAAAAUAAUUUCGCAAAUUAAUUGAUAGAAUUAAUUUACGCCAAUUACUUAUUACAAUUAAUUUACGCCAAUUACUUAUUACAAUUAAUUACAACAAAUUAAUAAUUAAUCGAUAUAAUUAAUUUUGCAGAUUAAUUGCCAGAAAGUAAACUUGGGCAUGUCGUUGUUUCCAAAAUUCUGUGCCCUAAAACCAAUCGACAGUGACACAAUCAACUUGACCCGCUUGAACGCUUCAUUACUAUUUGAAAAACAAAUAAAUAAAUAAAGCACGAUUAUAAUGUUAAAAAAUCUCUGUUAUUACGAAAUAACCGAGACAGUGAACCAAUGGAGAAAGUAUUGAGUUCAAUGCAAAACCCAACAAAUAAACAAAUAUCGUAUUAUUUAAAUGUCCUGAAGCCCAGCUAAAGGUUCGCACGUGCCUUCAUUUUCCUAAUAAUUAGAAUAUCCGUCGUAAAGUGUUGAAAAUUAUUUAUCGUUUAUAAUCUGUAGUUUAAGAAAGGACCAUCAGAAGGAGAAGAUGUAAAACACAAGAUGUAAUUCCAAAGAAAAUAAAUUAUUAUUAUUAUCAUCAA